AUGACUGCCACGCAAGGACCGUCGACUAAACUGUUGGACAGCUUGCAGACUGAUCUCAGAGCUCUGUCAAAUGAGGCUAAACGGAAAUAUCCACCAGUGAAAGAGGCAGCGGAAGCUGGUAUACUGAAGAUCAAAACAUUGAUGGCAAAGAACAGAGAUAUCAUACCAGCUCUGGUUGCCUGCAGUGGUGAAAUAUUGCAGCCUUUUUUACUUGGUUGUGAUACCAAAAAUAUCAAGAUAGUUCAGAUAUGUCUAGUUUCUGUUCAGAAAUUGAUUAUCCAUGAAGCACUGUCAGAGAUUGCUGCUAGAAAUGUUGUUAACAUGUUAUGGAGUCUGAUGGACCAUGGUAUAGAGGAGGUGAAAGUCUUACAGACACUACUGGUGUUACUCACGACCAAUACCAUUGUAAAAGGAGAUGUCCUAUCAAAGGCGAUAGUGAUCUGUUUUCGACUUCAUUUCUUCAAAGACAGCACUACAAGUAACACUGCGUCUGCAACUGUCAGACAAGUCGUGUCCAUUGUGUUUGAAAGAGUUGUAGCUGGAGAUGAAAGCAACACAGAUGUUGAGAGAGUUGAGGCUGAUAUGGAAAGUCAGAAAAGUGGUUCUAAAGAUGCACCAGUGUCCUUGUAUCCAUGUGCAAGGGAUGCCUACCUUCUGUUCCAGGAUUUGUGUUACCUUGUGAAUGCUGACCAACCAUACUGGUUGGUUGGAAUGACGGAGAUGACGCGAACAUUUGGCCUUGAAUUACUGGAGUCUAUAUUGAACAGGUUUCCCCCAGUCUUCUUGAAUCACACAGAGUUCAGCUUCUUAUUGAAGGAAAGGGUUUGUCCAUUGGUAAUCAAAUUAUUCUCUCCAAGUAUUAAAUAUAAACAUGGUAUAGCUGCACCGACAUCUCCAAGUCCAGUUGAGAAACCAUACUUCCCAAUAUCAAUGAGAUUGCUACGAGUUGUCAGCGUGUUGUUACAGAAGUACUAUAACAUUCUGACUACUGAGUGUGAGAUUUUUCUGUCGUUGCUGGUAAAAUUUCUGGAUGGUGAUAAGCCCAUGUGGCAGAGAGCUUUGGCAAUGGAAGUCUUACAUAGGUUAUGUGUGCAUCCACAACUGCUGAGAUCAUUCUGUGAGAAUUAUGAUAUGAAGGAACAUUCUUCCAAAGUAUUCCGUGAUAUUGUCAAUGGUUUAGGAUCCUUUAUACAGUCUUUAUUUGUAACACCCAUGCCAGAAAGGGCUACUAGUACAAGCACUGGACAGACCCAACAUCCUGGUAGUACAGCCCCAGCAAUGGUUGGUAAUUUACCAGUGGGUGGAGGCGUAACACCACAACCUGCUUUUGUAUAUCGCGGUAUAUGGAUACCAUUGGUACAGGUUUCACCAUCAUCUUCUACCAAACCUAUGUAUUUAGAAAUGUUAGAAAAGACAGAUCCACCGACAUGUACGAUACAGGAUGGCUAUGCUAUGUCCGUCGCAUUCAACACUCUGUUAGAUAUUGUAAAAGGUGUCUCUACUGUUAUUACGACUGAACUGGAAAUAGAACAAGAAAAAGAAGAAAUGCCGACACCAAAUGGCAAUAGUAAGACAGUUGAUGCCAUUAUUGGGGAAGACAUUGCUCCAGAACUACGGAAUUUAUGGGAGUGUCUAGUCAACUCCUCUUGGUGUGGUAUCUUAGCAUCAUUGUCAUUACUACUAGAUGCCAGUACCGAUGAGACAGCAACAGAAUCCAUACUGAAAUCCAUGCAAGUUUAUGCCAGUCUAUGCGGUAAACUGAAUUUGAACGUACCAAGAGAUGCAUUCAUCACGUCACUGUGUAAAUCUUCUCUACCUCCACAUUAUGCCCUCACUGUACUCAACAUACAACAGUCAUUGAUGUCAUCGCAGUCUUCGUCUUCAUCCUCGUCUCAACAAGGUGCCCCUGCUAAAGCGUUGUGGUGGGAACUUGAUGGUCAUAAGAGAACCUCAAGCAAGGAUAACCUCCUGAACAUGUCAUCAUAUACUGCAGCAGAUGCUGGAGCAGCGGAUACAGGAGACAGCCGUAAUCAGGUAGUAGCAGUAGGCACUCCAUUAUCUACAGUACUAGGGACUCAACAAGGACCUGUCAUGUUGACAGCAAAGAACCUUCAAUGUAUGAGAACUAUACUGAGUGUUGCUCACUGUCAUGGUGCAAUACUUGGCACAGCAUGGCAUCUUGUACUAUCUACCCUACAACAUCUAACUUGGAUCCUGGGACUAAAACCUGCUUCUGGUGGCAGUCUGAAAGUUGGAAGUGCCACGGAUGGUCCCAAUGCUGUCAUAACUACAGCGGUAAUGGCCGAGUUGCCUAUUCUCUCUGCUAUGUUGUCACGGUUAUUUGAGAGUUCACAGUACUUGGAUGAUGUUGCUCUUCACCAUCUCAUUGAUGCUCUGUGUAAGCUGUCGUGCGAGUCCAUGGAGUUGGCAUAUGCUAAUAGGGAGCCUUCAUUGUUUGCUGUUGCCAAAUUAUUGGAGACUGGAUUGGUUAAUCUGCCCCGUAUCGAUAUACUGUGGACACCGGUCACUGGCCAUCUAUUGGACGUCUGUCAGCAUCCUCAUCAGCGCAUGAGAGAAUGGGGAGCUGAAGCUGUGACAGCGCUUGUCAAAGCAGCCAUGGCAUUCAAGUAUGAGCCACCUUUGCAUCAAAACUUGAAACUCCAGGGUAUGCUUCUGUCACCGCUGCAAGAGUUGUCUAACGUAUCUCAUCCUGAUAUCAGACAAAAACAGUUAGAGUGUGUGCUUCAAGUUAUUCAAGACAACGGUGAGACUUUGGAACAUGGUUGGCCACUGAUACUAGGUGUCAUUGGGGAUGUAACAGUUGAUCAAGGAGAGAAUUUAAUUCGCAUAGCUUUUCAAAGUCUUCAGUUAGUCGUCAAUGACUUCCUACCCAUGAUGCCUUCCCAGUAUUUACAAGUGUGCGUGGAAGUAGCGUCCAAGUUUGGACUUCAAACCCAAGAACUCAAUAUUAGUCUGACAUCAAUUGGUUUGUUGUGGAAUAUUGCAGAUUAUUUGUACCAGAACAGGAACAAGAUUAAAGUGGUCUUAGAGAAAGAAGCUGAAAAUAGGAAGACAUCUGGUGAUGUGGAAGAAGACAGUAAACUUGGUCGUCUACCGCCAUCUGAUACACUGUGGCUGUGUCUGUAUUCCAAACUUGCUGACAUGUGCGUGGAUCCUAGACCGGCAGUCAGGAAAUCAGCUGGUCAGACUUUAUUUUCAACUAUCAGUGCACAUGGUAGUUUGUUGGAUCAACUGACCUGGCAGACUGUACUAUGGCAGGUGUUAUUUCCUUUACUGGAUAGAGUACACAAAUUUUCAGGGGCUGCAUCGACAGAUAAAAGUGAGAUGUCUGCUGGUAAUAUCCUCAUUCACCACUCUAGAGAUACUGCAGAGAAACAGUGGGCCGAAACCAGAGUACUUUCGCUAGCUGGGGUUGCUAGAGUCUUCAAUACCUGGAGAUAUGCCCUCAAACCAUUAGGUGACUACCCACGUGCAUGGGCUUUACUACUGGAACAUAUUGAAUCGGCAGCAUUAAGUACUAGUUCUGAAGUGUCCUUAGCUGCGUUACAAAGCUUCCAAGAAAUCUUACAAAUUAAAAGUGCAUUGAAAAAAGACCAGAAGGAUUCCUCUGCUGUGGUAAAAGUCUUUCCCAGUGAUAAUGCAAUGGGAAGACCAAAUGGUGCCAAAUCUGAAUGCAUUGUGCAAUCUGAAGAUGAAAUCGAUCCGGAUGACAUCUCGCUAUGGUCCAAUGCCUGGCGUGUCUGGCACAGCAUUGGUAUCCAUUGUACUACUCCUCCGGAAUCAAACACUGUGCAGUUCUUACCUUCUCAGCCAUUCCUGACUGCCUUGGUGGAGAUCUUUCCACCAUUGUUCGAACAUAUCAAACAGCGUUUUGUUUCGGCUGACCUUUACAAGCUGUGUAUGGUGUUGCGGUGUGCAGUGUCUGCUCCCGUCAGUUCAGAGACCUCACCUUUCAUUAUACCUUCUUAUUUUGAGUGUGAAAUCACAUCUUUGCAAGAGUCUACAUUGCAGGCCAUUGAUGUAGUGCAAAAGGCAAUUAAAGAUGGACCAGAAAAUAUGAAGUCUAUGUAUCCAGCUAUAUUCAAUCAGUUACUAACCUUUGUAAGUUUUGCUUGCCAACCACCAAACUAUGGUAAACUAGAGACGAAAACAAUCAACCCUGCAGAGACUUCUAAACAGGAGAGGUGGGCUAAUUUUAGGUUUAGUGAUAGUUCACAGCCUGAAUGGAUUGCUAUGAAUUAUGUGCCGUUUGCUGAGAAAUCACUUCAGAUGGUUGUUGAGUUAUACAGACAUACAGCAACCCACCAAUCAGUCAUAGAAGAACACGUUUUGCAGAAUAUCAUUAAGACGUUGCAGUUACCACUUGGCAUGAAAUACGGUUGCCCAUCUCAGACCACAUGGAAACUGGCCAUACGUGCUCAGCUUGAGAUGCUGUAUAUUGCAUUACCUGUAGCCAGACAGCACCACAGUGAUUCUUACUUCACUGGCAUGUGGUCAGAAUUAUCCACAGGGUUGGAUCAUUUCCUUUUCUCACCACACUGCACUCCGCCAAACCUCUCAAUAGAUGAAUUCCAAGAGCAUGAAUCAAUUGAUAUUCAAGUAGUACAGUUAUUACGUGAUGAGGUGUUGCCGUAUCCUAGUUACAUACCUAAACCAUUUAUGGCAAUGAUACUAUCAAUGCUAAACAGAGGAUCCAUACACUCAAGUAAAACUACAUCAUUUACAGACUCUAGUCGACAGUUGAGAGAGGAAUUUGCCAAAGCUUGUUUUGAGACAUUGUUGCAGUUCUCUUACAUCACUAAAAGCGUUAUUACAAAUGAGGGCAGUAUAACCAAAAUGGCAUUGUCGGCAUUGUUGACAAGGUGCCAGGAAGUUCUCAAGAAAUAUGUUGAAGAUGAGAAGCUCAGUGGCAAGUGCCCUCUCCCUAGGCCUCGUAUGUCAGAGAUGGCGUUUGUACUGAAGGCUGUUGGAACGUUGCUUGAUUCACUGAAGAAAGCCAAACCUGGCAAUGUUGACAGUGAUACUUGGAAACAAGUAAUCGGGUUAUAUCCGUACCUCGUUGACUGCACGACGUGUACGUCAUCCCAGGUGUGCAAGGCACUGAAGGAGGUUCUGCACCACUACUACGAUCUACUAGCAAUACCAUCCACUGCCAUACACAACUCAACAAUGUGAAAUUACGACAACUGUGACAUAAUGUAAUCAGGUGAUAGACAAGUCUUUCUCUCUCAGUCCAUCUGCGGGAAUAUCCAGAAGAUCUUGUACCUCUGCCUUGCAGUAAUCUGACCACCAGACCAGAUAAUUACAUGUUAUAUAUAUAUAUCAGUAUAUUUAUCUAUUUCACCCAUUGAGCGCCGGACUUGUAUAUUUAAUCUGUAGCUGUUUAGAAAUUAUGUACAAUUUAUUCAAAUCAACAUUGUAGUAAAAUAUAUAUAAAAAAUGUUGCAGCAAAAUUUAGUCAAGACAAAUUAUGGCAGUCAAAGGGUUAAGAAUCUUUCUUGUUUGCAAUAAUAUGUAAAUUAUCAACAGGAUUGUUUUAACACAGUGGUCUAAACCCAGCUCAUUUUCCAUGUUGGUGAAUGAUCAUUUAUUAAAGACCUCAACAUCAAAGUUAGUGUCGAAACCAGUGACUCAUGACCCAUAUAGUCAAGCUUACAAAAUAAACAUGAACUCAAAGCAAUGUUAAGCUUCCUUGAUUACAAUUAGACUUCCAGUAGAAAUACUAAAUCCAGUAAAGCUUUCAUUUAUUUCCUGUAUUCAAGUGCUAGUAGCACUAAAAGUAUGUGUACCCUUCAUGGGCAUUUGGUUCAUCUAAUACAGAAGCAAUAUUUCACAGUGCACAAUGGUCUGUGUGAGAGAAAGUUUUAAUUUGGUACAUCGGGUGACUAGUUAGAAAAGUUUGGUGAAAGAAAUCGGUGUUUUAAAGUAUGUUGUGAUUAAAUAGGCAGGAUAUCACAGCACUGUGUAGCUGCACUAUUACAACUCCUCUGCCUGCAGGGUUUUGCAAGUUAGGAAUAUAACUGCCGCUUGUACAUAUCACAUGGAGUCAAAAUAAUUGGGAGUAGUGUUAAGGCUGAAGCCAAUAUUUAUUUAUUGAAUUUGUAGUUUAAAUUAAGUUUUAAUUUAUUUAGAAUGAAUUCUAGCAUUGUCAUUAAUUCCAUUUAGAGCCGAACGAAUGAAAUAUAUAAAUACAAUUAAUGUUUAUAAGAAUAACAUAUUUUAUUAAUUAAUUAAUUAAUCGUUUUUUUGAGUCAAGACUGUAUGUUCUUCUAACAUAUGCACUGUUUGCACUCUGGGAUCGUAUACAACACCUGAAAACACCACACUGCUUGAUGUAAUAUUGCAUGCUUUUUUUGUGGAACAAUAACUUUAAUGGUAUUAUAUCGCUAUAAUGUGUGUUGUCAACACUAUUUAUAAGAUUUCAUGUAAAUGUAUAUGCAAUAUAAGGAACUUAAAGUAAAAAUUGUGGGUGCACUUUUCUGAAGACUGAUGGUAGAGAUUGUUCAGUGUACGCCAGAAUUAUCAGUCCAGAAGAAGGGGAGAGAGGGUAUAACUUAGACUAACCCAACCGUGGUAAUUUCAUAUUUUUUUACCUAAAUUGUGGUCCAACACAAAAUAUGAUUGGUCGAUUCUGCAGCAUAUCUAUUGCUAUUACUUAUUCAUGAUAUGCUGUGAUGAACCUGGGAGUGGAACACUACAAAACGAGGAAAGUAGGCGUGCGCUUGCGCAAAAGAUUCUAAACGUCAGGCCACCUGUGCUGUGCGGUUUAGUUGCGUAGAACAAAACGGACCAAAAGCUGCCUUUCUUAUUGGUUGUCAGCUCAUAAGUCAUGCAACUCAUUAGCAUAUUUAUUACCACAGAAACGUAGUGACAAAUAUAGAGGGCGUGGCAGAACAAACUUGUUCACCGGUCACUGGUAGCAUAGUGGUUGUCGCAUCAGACUCAUGAUCGGUAGACCCAAGUUCAAAUCCUACCUAAGGCUGAACAUCAAAGGGCCGACCCCUACCCUGGGUGAGUGUGCCACAGACUCAAUGGGAAGGCCAAUUCCACUGGCUGAGAUUCAUUCACUAACGAAUACGACUUUGGGGGAUUCUUGGUUAAGGUCCGCAGGUGCUUGUGAUUGACCGGGCCUGGUUAACGCCAGGAUAGCGCAUUACUAAUUGCCAUUUGACAGACAGAUGGCCACACAGCCCUGUCAUGUAGUCCCAAACAUGAAUAUGACUUCUGUGGCAAAAAGCACUAUGUGUCAGGAGAGACAACAGUGGCACUCAAUGUCCGUAACUGUCAUCUGGCACAAAAAAUAUAAAAAAAAAAAUGAAAAAAAAACUUGUUCUAAAUUAUCAUAUAAAAUUACCACAACUGGGCCAGUUUAGGUACAACUGUAUAUCACUUACCACAGCUCCUCUCUUAGCACUCAGUGAGUUAACCCAGCUGGUGAUAGAAUCCACUUUCAAGCAAGUGGUUUUACUGAGAAUUGCAAGAAAUCCUACUAUUCGCUUUGGGGGCGGAGGUAUACUGACAACUCUCAUGCCAACCAGUGUUGUAUUCUGUGAAUGUAAACCCAGCUGCCUAAAUAUUGUUAUCAUACCUGCCAGUCACAUUUAACCUGGGUGCCUGCACUGAACGACAUGUUCAGUGAUUGCCCGUUUAUAGAAGUUGUAACAGCUUGUAGGUACAGAAUCGUGUACUGUUGUCACUACAGCCCAUGCAUGCAACCCACUUCACACCCAUUGUAGGGAGCGGGUAGCAAAAUAAGCAUUUGUUAAUUCUGGUAGUUUAUGUCACAGUUGCCUCACUAAUCUUUGGAUAUCCAGUGCAUUUUUUUUCUUUCCAUGGAAGUACAAUUUUUCAAAUAGUGGAGAAGUAUUGAUACAAACCUGUAUAUAUCUAUUAUGAUUGUUAAUGCCAAUAUUUUUGAGUGACAAACAUAACAAAUCUGAUAAGUAAUUUUUCAAGAUUAAACCGAUUUUUAAAUUGGUGUGAACAGAUUACCAGAUAGUUACUUGAUUUCUUUUCACCAAUAGAAACCUAUAUUGUAACUUAUUUUGUUGGUAGAACUCAUUUCUUGUAUGUAAAUGAAUCUAAUAUGCAUAUCUGAAGUCACUGUCUUUAUAUCUUGCAAAAUACAAGUAAAUAAAUAUUUAUUCA